AUGCUUGGUAAAGACCUGCUCGGGAAGUCCUUCGGGGCCCUCCUGGUUUCUCUCUUGGCUGCUUGCCCAUCCCUCAUCGAGGCAACCCUGGUGCGUGCGACAGUGGUAGACACCCGAUCUGUCGCUGUCUCCAACUACACCUUUGUCAUUGCCGGUGGCGGUAUCGCAGGACUUACGCUCGCUGAUAGGCUGACAGAAGAUCCUGAUGUGUCCGUUCUUGUCAUCGACGCCGGCUCUCUCGACCAAGGAGAGGAUGGCAUCUUGAUUCCUGGUUCAUAUGCUCCCUAUCUGUACUUCUGGCCUGGCCUGAUGACAACGCCUCAGGAGGGCCUCAACAACCGCUCCGUCUUUACACCAAUAGCCCAGGUAAUCGGUGGUGGCAGUACUAUUAAUGCUAUGGUCUUUGUAAGAGGCAAAGCCGACGAUUACAAUAAAUGGGAAGCCAUUGGUAACCCUGGGUUUAGCUGGAACAAGUUCCUGCCUUUCUUCCUCAAGAGCGAGAACUUCACACGUCCCGACCCUGCCUUUGCCAAGACGGCCAAUAUCUCCUGGGAUGAGUCCGUCCGGGGCAAGGGCGGAUCUGUGCAGUACACAUAUCCCAACUACUACUACCCUGGAAGCGCAAACUGGUGGAAUGCUGCCAAGUCUGUAGGAAUUUCUGCUGUCAAGGACCCCAACGCUGGUAACGACCUUGGUGUCUAUUGGUUUCCGCAUGCUGUCGAUGCUAGAAGUAGGACUCGGAGCCACUCCAAGAAGAACCAUUAUGACCGGGUCAAGGACUCGCGACCUAACUACCACAUCCUCCCAUCCAACAUGGUAUCCAAGGUCAUCUUCCGCGGCAACACGGCAGUUGGUGUUGAGUACUUGCCCACGGCCGGCGGAAACGCCUCGACCGCCUACGCCACCAAGGAGGUCAUCUUGGCUGCCGGAGCUCUGAACACACCCAAGAUCCUCCAACUGUCCGGUGUUGGCCCCAAGAAGCUUCUCCAGAAGCACAGGAUCCCCGUCGUCGUUGAUCUCCCUGUUGGAUUUAAUUUGCAAGACCAGUUAACCCUCAAAGUCCCCUACACGGCAAGCAACAACCUCUUCCCCAACUCUGGCUCCAUUGCCAACAACGCCACCUACGCUGCCGAGCAACGAGCGCUCUAUAACUCGAAGAAGCAGGGUGCCUUCACCAUCGUGAGCACGCUCAGCACCAACAUUGCCAUGAUGAGCCUCUCUCAAACGACCUCCUCAUACAAGAAGAUUGUCUCGAACGCCCGCGCUGCUGCCGCUCCCUAUUCGCUCUCCGCGGAGGUUGAUCCAAGCGUUCUGGCCGGUUACGCUGCCCAACGAAAGCUCAUUCUGGAGCAGUACGAGAAUGGCAAGGCCGGUAUCGGCUCGCUCCACUGGAACACGGCGGAUGGCGUGACCAUCUAUCUGAAUAAGCCUCUCAGCCGCGGCAUGGUAACAAUAAACUCGACUAACGCCCUCGAGAACCCGCUAGUGAACUACCGUACCGUCACCGACCCGGCUGACAUAGAGGUCCUCACUGCUCUGUUCCGCAAGAACAGAGAGCUGAUGAGUGCUCCGGAUAUGGCGUCACUGGGAGUUGCUGAGGCGGCACCCUUUGGCGAGCACAUCACUGCGGAUAGUGAACUCGCCUCUGUCUUCCGUGAAACUCUUGACCCCUCGAAUGCCCACCAGUGCUGUACGGCGCCUAUGAUGCCCCGCGCGCUUGGUGGUGUCGUUUCCAGCGAGCAGAAGGUGUAUGGCCUUGCGGAUGCUAUCAAGAAGGAGUAUAAGUUGGCAGAGUACAAGCGGUAA